AUGCAUCCAUCCAUUCUUGGUGGGGCGAUGGCGACCUGUCUUAUUAUGGAACUUUUCCUGCAGUUGGUAAGUACAGUACUGUACAGUACUUACGCAUACGGAGACGGUACUCCCCGUUCUCUGUCUACUUAUACAAGUACUGUAAGUACUGUGCUCGUACGAUCACUCGUAAUCCGUACCUUAACGCAUGUGAUUGGUACAUAUGAGCACACACCCGGCCCAACACUCCCAGCCCAGCAGCACCCAGGCAGGCACGGUAGGGGCGUGAGAGAAAUUCUCACCAUCCCUCUCACUCUCUCUCUCUUACUCUCCGUCUCUGUCUGUCUCUUUUACUAUCUCGCACGUAUCACUGCACAGUACAAUGCUCUCGUAAGAGAUUGUACAGAGUACGAAUCAGAAUCCUCAUCGAUGGAGAAACACAUCGUCUUCGACGGUGCCUUGACACGUCCCGACCUUCUUGUCCUUAAGAACCUCGCCAAGGACGUCGAGCUCGUUGAUGUUCUUGACAGCGACUCUGCGACCGGUCGUGACUCUGGCAUCGGCUCCGAGGUGAGCUCUCAGCAUGACGAGGAACUCGCACAGCUUGACGAGGCCGGCGGCGGCACUCUCGAUACCACGGCCAAGGAUGUUGCUCUCCUCAAAGCCAUGAGAGAUCCCAGCAGCGACAGCUUCGAGCCCACCGUACUGCUCACCGUCGACGACUAUAGUGCCCACGUCUCGCCCGCCAUCGACAGGUACAUUCUACAACCGUACGUUGCCUGGGCUCGAAAGGUGGCCCGAUAUGAUACGGACGUUGCCAUGAUCAACCACCUGAUCAUCUACUUUACCACGUCCGUCCCCAGCGCCGUCUUCCUCUACCGGCACUUCACCUAUACCCACGGAGUGCUCCAUACGGCCAUGCAGUUCUACCUCCUCGGUACCUACACCCUGAUGAUGCACCAACACAUACACCAGCGGGGUAUCCUGGCCAAGAGGUUUGCUUUACUCGACAAGCUCUUCCCCUACAUUCUCGAUCCGCUCAUGGGUCAUUCGUGGAAUACCUACUACUACCACCAUGUCAAGCAUCACCAUGUCGAGGGCAACGGCCCCGAAGACUUGUCCUCGACGCUUCGUUACCAGCGCGAUAGCGCCCUGCACUUUCUCCACUACGUCGGCCGAUUCUUCUUCCUCGUCUGGCUAGACCUGCCGCUGUACUUUGUUCGAAAGAAUCGUCCCAUGAUGGCGGUGAAGUCGUUGGGCUGGGAGUGUCUCACCUACCUCUUCUAUUACACCAUGGCCACGCGCUUCGGCGGCAAGGCCACCACCUUCGUCUAUCUUCUACCCUUCCUCCUCCUGCGACUCGGACUCAUGGUCGGCAACUGGGGGCAGCACGCGUUUGUCGAUGCAGACGAGCCCGACUCUGACUUUCGAUCGAGCAUCACCUUGGUCGAUGUCGCGAGCAACCGAUUCUGCUUCAACGAUGGCUACCAUACCUCGCACCAUCUCAAUCCGCUGCGGCACUGGCGCGACCAUCCGAUCUCGUUUCUUGAGCAGAAGAAGACGUAUGCGAAGGAGGGCGCCCUUGUCUUUCACAACAUUGAUUUUCUCAUGAUUACCCUGCGAUUGGUGCUCAAAGACUACGAGCAUCUGGCCAAGUGCCUCGUGCCCAUGGGGGACCAGAUUCGACUCACCAUGGAUGGGCGAAUCGCGCUGCUGAAGAAGUUGACAAGGCGCUUCAGCGAAGAGGAGAUCCAGGAAAAGUUUCGGAAAGGACGCAAAUCCAGCUGA